AACCCAAACUACCGCUUGUCGUUUUCCUCUUCCAUUCUCCCAAGGCAAACGAGACAGAAAGGGGGAAUCAAGCAAGCAAAAGUGGAGGGUCUUACGUUUUAUUUGCGGGGAUAAAAAGUAUCUUCAAAAUGGCUGAUAAUUUGGAUGAAUUUAUUGAAGAGCGAAAAGCCAAAUUGGCCAGAGACAAAGCAGAAUUGGAAAGUGAUCUACCAUACAUGGAAAUGAAGGGAAAAGCAUCAGAGAAGCUUUCUGAAAACAGUAAAAUAUUAAUCUCCAUGGCUAAGGAAAACAUACCACCAAACAGUCAACAGACAAGGAGUUCUUUAGGAAUUGAUUAUGGGUUAAGUUUACCACUUGGGGAAGACUAUGAACAGAAGAAACAUAAGCUGAAAGAAGAAUUGCGACAAGAUUACAGACGCUAUCUUACUCAGGGUAUUACACAAGCAAAAAGAAAGAAAAAUUUUCUAUCCACGAGUGAAACAGAUCCAUCUACUCUGGGAGUUUCUCUUCCUAUUGGUGAGAGGUUGUCUGCUAAGGAAAGGUUGAAACUUGAACGUAACAAAGAAUAUAAUCAAUUUCUCAGGGAUAAGGAAGAAUCCACUGAAAAGUUCAGACAGGUGGAAAAGAGUACUGAGCAGAAGAAUCAAAGAAGUAAAAAACCUAUCAGUCAGGUUAAACCUGAUUUACCUUCACAAAUACAGUCAUCUUUCGAAAAUUCAGAGGGUCCUAGAAAAGAUGUCUUAACUCCUUCAGAGGCAUAUGAAGAACUUCUAAACCAAAGACGACUAGAAGAGGACAGGUACCGAAAAUUAGAUGAUGAAAUUGAAUUAAGGAACAGUAGAAGAGUCAUUAAAAAAACUGAUGAAGAAGUGGGUGUUUCCAAUAAAAAACAUCAAAGAUUUGACAGCAAGACUGACAUUCCAGACAGAAGAUUUCACAGGUUUAAUGAGGAUCGUGCUUUUGAUAAACAGUAUUACAGACCAGGCUAUGAUCCAGAAGUAAGUGAAGACAUGGAUGAGAGGUUUAGAUAUGAAAGUGAUUUUGAUAGAAGACUUUUGAGAGUUUAUACAAAAGACAGGAUGUACGGGAACAGACGAGGCAAUGAGCCUCCUAUGGAGUAUGAUGGUGAUGUCACAGAACAGUCAAACAUACGAAUUUCAUCUGCUGGAAAUCAAAGUGCUCGAGACAAUGAACCAUCCAAACCUACUAAUCGAGAGAUGUGCAGUCCUUUUGCGGGAAUGCUCUUUGGGGAUGAAGAUCGAGAACUUAUUCAGAGAAGGAAAGAGAAAUAUAGACAAGAGCUAUUGGAGCAAAUGGCUGAACAACAGAGGAACAAGAGACGAGAAAAAGAUUUGGAUCUCAGGGUUGCAGCUUCUGGAGCACAAGACCCUGAGAAAUCGCCUGAUAGACUAAAGCAGUUUAGUGUGGCACCAAGACACUUUGAAGAGACGAUACCACCUGAGAGACCCAGAGUAGCUUUCCAGACACCUCUCCCUCCUCUGUCCGCCCCAUCUGUCCCACCCAUCCCAUCAGUUUCCUCCAUCCCAUCUCAGAACGAAGAUGUGCACAGUGGACUCAGCAGCACUCUUGGUGACAUGGUGCCUCCCAGAGUUGCACCUCUGCCUCCACCUCCCAUGCUGCCCCCUUUGGCUACGAACUAUCGAACUCCUUACGAUGACGUGUACUAUUUCUAUGGGGCCAGGAAUACUUUGGAUCCUGGUCUUGCUUAUUAUGGUUCAGGGAUGAUGGGAGUACAGCCUGCUCCUGCUGCUUAUGUUACAGCUCCUGUUACCCACCAACCAGCACAGCCUAUCAUCACCCACCAACCAGUACAGCCUAUCGUGAGUACAGUUGGACAGAAUGAGCUCAGAAUUACAAGUAAUCGAGCGAUAAAUUCAGGAUUGUUUUUUGAAGAUAAACCAAAGCCUUCAAAACAGUCACUUCAGUCUUACCAGGAAGCUUUGCAGCAGCAGAUUCAAGAAAGACAAGAAAGAAGAAAGAAAGAACGUGAAGAAAAAGAAGUAUAUGAAGCCAAAUUAGAAGCUGAAAUGAGAAGUUAUAACCCCUGGGGGAAAGGUGGAGGUGGUGCUCCUCUGAGAGAUGACAAAGGAAAUCUGAUAACUGAUUUGAAUAGGAUGCACAGACAAAAUAUAGAUGCCUACCAUAACCCAGAUGCAAGAACAUAUGAAGAUAAAAGGGCUGUUGUAUCUCUAGACCAAAAUUUAGCCACUUCAAAUACUGAGAACCAAGAAGAUCCUGCAAAUAAAAACUCAGGUCAUAUGCAAACACAGAGCUCUCCUUUUGCUCGGGGAAAUAUUUUUAGUGAGCCUCCAACUGAACUUCAGAUUAAGCAGCAGGAAUUAUACAAGAACUUUCUUCGUUUUCAGAUUGAAGAAAAGAAGCAAAGAGAAGAAGCAGAGCGAGAGAGAUUAAGAAUUGCUGAAGAAAAAGAAGAAAAGCGGCUUGCAGAACAGAGAGCUCGAAUCCAGCAAGAGUAUGAGGAGGAGCAGGAAAAGAAAAGGGAGAAAGAGGAGGAGCAAAGACUGAAAAAUGAAGAGCUUAUUCGGUUAGCUGAAGAAAGACGAAAAGAAGCAGAAAGAAAGAAGAAAGAAGAAGAAGAAAAACGUAACUUACAACUUCAGCACUACUAUGAAAGAGAAAAUAUGGUUGAGGAAGAUACAAAGCACUUGAGACAGCCUUCUCCUGUAGUUCCUGCUCUUCAGAAUAAGAUUGCAAGCAGACUCCAAAGACCUCCUUCAGUUGACAGCAUUAUAACUUCCUUUACUCAGGACAGUUCUGUGUCCAUGGCACAGUCUCCUCCGGUACCUGCCAGGAAAAACCAGCUUCGUGCAGAAGAGGAGAAAAAAAAUGUAAUUAUGGAAUUAUCAGAAAUGAGAAAACAGCUUCGUAGUGAAGAGCGACGUCUGCAGGGGCGGUUACUACACAUUGACAGUGACGACGAUGUUCAUAUAAGGAAAAGAGAAAGUUCCAUGGAUGUAUUUGAUAUGGCCAGACAUCGGUUACAAGCUCCUGUCAGAAGACCGUCACCUAAGAGCUUAGACUCUGCUUCUUCUCAGAAUAUUCAUGACUUUAAGGAACUGAAAGACAGAGAUUCAGAAACACGAGCUGAUCCGAAAUCUGUGUACCCGGAUGAUCCAAGAGAUAAUGACACCUUGGAGAUAGAACAGCAAGCCUUGCUAAGAGAGCAGCAGAAGAGACUGAAUAAACUAAAAAUGCAGGAAGGUGCUAAAGCUGACUUGGAUGCUGUCCCAAGCACUAAAGCACGAGACCACAGAAUGCCCAGAGAUGACACUGAUGAUUUCUUGACAAACUCAUUAUUAGAAUCUGAUAGUGCUUUUAUUGGUGCACAUGGUGAGACGUACCCUGCCAUUGAGGAUGGGGGCUUCCUGCCGCUGUCUCCGCUGCCCUCCGCCAGAGAGCGCAGGAGGAACAAACUGAAAGGAUUGGACUUCGAUAACAGUCACCUUGAUGUGCCACCAGAUGGUGUCUCUUUAAAAUCUGUAUCCAGUAUAAAUAUUGAUCAACUUAGAAUGAGAAAUGAAGAACGAAUGAGAAGACUGAAUGAACUUCAGAAUAAACCUAUUACUGCAGAUGAUGAGAGUUCACUGGCUGACCCUGAUGACAUCAUGAGGCACCGGGGUGACGACGGAUCAAACUCUGUAGCCACUGAGCCCUGGCUCCGCCCAGGCACCUCGGAAACACUGAAGCGAUUCAUGGCGGAACAGCUGAGGCAGGAGCAGCAGCAGGGUCCUGGCAAACCAGGCACUUUGGCCUGGCAGGGCCUGUCUACUGCACACGGUUAAAAUCGGUCUGUACUGGGCCCAGUAGUGCCUUUGAAGGUGGAAGGAGUGUGAAACCUGAACCCGAAUAAUGUGUGCUACUUUUGGCCUGUACAUGGCAGAUUCUACCAGAGAGCCGAGAACACACCUAGGUACUGAUGGUAUGCUUCUAAGAUCAGGUCGUUGUAGCACUCAACUGCACUCAGGACACACGUGCCACCACCCUGCAAGCUGCCCCAAAGUUCAAUCUCUGAAUACUAGCUGUCUGCCGGUUUUCUCUCCUUGUCUGUUCCUCCACCUUCUAAGGUGUGAGGGAGCGGUGUGACACUGGUAAGAAGGCAACCUGUGGGACAAGGCGGACGGACUGGAAGUCCUCCUCAUCCACUUGGCUGCUGGAUGCUGGAAGGUACUUCUCUGGGCUCUACCUGGCUCAGGUCAGAGGGGCACACACAUGGGCACAGAGCGGCAUUACAUGGCAUCUGUGGGGCCCAAAGUGUCAGCCACCAGACUAGGCAUUUUUAAACCUAUUUAGGGAUCACAUUUAUAUGGGCUGUAUGUUGCUACAUUUUUUUUUCAAUGGAAAAAAUUCAGGUUUAUUUAUUUACAAACAUAUUUAGAUAAGUGAAAUUUCUCCUACAAAUACAGAUGAAAUUCUGACUUCUACAUUUUUUAACAAGUAAAAUGUGUAUUUCUGAAAAGUCUAAAUGGUAUAUAUAUAGCUACACAUUAUACAUCUGAUCUUUGUUUUCUACUGGUUAAAAUUCUCAAAUGAGUUUACUGCCCAUUCCCACAGAAUCAGUCCCUCUCCCAGAGGAACAACGGGAGCCUGCUGCCCAGACGCAACCAUGGUCGGGGCCAUGCCUGGCAGCUGUCUUGGAUGCGACAGGAGAGACUCCAGGGGGCGGGUGGGGGAACCUGGGCAGCAUGUCGGUGUCCUAACGGAUUCCAAUUCCUCCCCUAGUGCGGCCCUACAGGAUCACGCACUAGAGAACAGAGUGAGGUGGGGAGGCCCUGCACCCCUGCCUCCCACUCGGGCAUGUGCCCCUCAGGCUGGGGAUGCUGGUAGACAAGGUGCCUGGU